AUGGCUAAACCUUUACAAAAAGAAAGAGAAAAUAGAUCAGCAGAGAAAAAGGAUUACAGCUUCCAUCCAUACAAUUUAACGCCCGAAAGCGCUCAUACUGCAAUAUUGCUUUUGGAAUCAGCUGAAUCUGAAAUACUUUGUCAGACACUUCGAGCAAUAACAAAGUUCGCGGCUCAAGAGAUUCAAAAUCGCUACGUAUUAUUCAAUUUAAACGCUAUAAAAUUUAUUUUACCACAUAUUGAACAUCCAGAAUUGAAUAUAAAACGGUUUGCUCUCAAAGCACUAGCUCAGCUAUGCCAGUUACCGCAGGGUCCCGAGCAAGUACUCUUCAACCAGCAGAAUCUAAGGAAAAUAGCUUUCAUGCUAGCUAAGAUGGAAGACAUAUUUGUCCUCGAGUUUGCGUCUCUCGUGCUGUCAGAACUGACCAGAGAGCCCCUUGGCUGUGAGCAACUAGUUUCUGCAAAUAUUCUCAACAGCUUGUGUUCACGUAUGAAGAACAGUCUCGACCCUGACGUUCAGAAAAACUGUCUGCAGACAUUAAGCAAUCUUCUUGAAGAUCCGAUGUGUGCUUCAGAAGUAACAAAGAACCAGCAGUUCAGUUGGCCGUCUUUGCUGGCACUUAUGCAGAGCAAGUAUCUGGCAAUACAACACGCGGCUUUGAAAACUGUAGAUCAGCUAAUAUGUAGAUACAAGGAUCAAGUAGUGCAAAAAACUUUUCGAGCGUCUACAGGAGUUUUGGAUCUCUGUGAUAUUUUAGAAUCAUAUGAAUUCCGUGACGUCCACACUCAAGUUCUUGGAGUGUUGCGAAACUACGCCGAGACAGAGGAGAAUGCUACUCAUCUAUACCAAUCUGGCUGUAUGCUGCGACUGCUGGCUUACCUCGAAAUGGCUCUGCCUGCUAUGAAACCACAUUGUCUGGCAGUUCUUGCUAAGAUGUCCUUCACAUCUAAUGGGAGAGAUGCUCUCUAUCAAACGGGCACAGACCUGGUGUUCUGCCAUCAGCUGCUCAGCUCUAAUGUGGAACUACUGUCCGAUGCAGCAAUGGGCGUGGCAAAUAUGACAAAGUUGCUGCCGGCCGCUGUUCGCAUGUCCGAUACAAACAUCAUCGAACCGCUUUGUGCAAUUUUAAGUGAUGAUGCAGCUGUUUGGUUUUACAUAAGAAUGAACGCUCUUCGCGCUUUAGGGGAGUUAUGUAGGAUUAUACCAAAAGCUGCGUAUAGUGUCAUUGAACCGAAAACAUUUUCAUCAUUGCGGAAUAUAAAUAAAAAAUACAAAGAUACCCCCAUUGAAGCCCAACGUCUAGCUGUGCAGUGUUACAUAAACCUCCAGAACUACCACGUAAGCACUGCAGCUAUGCUUAACGCGGAAUUCAUGCAAGAAUUAGUUAAUAUUUUACAGCGUAUCGACAUUAGGCUAAAAAUAAUGACAUGCUCGGUAUUAAGCGGACUCAUGAAGGAUGAAAUUGCAAAGGAUUUGUUUACAUCAAAAGAAGGUGAAGAGGUGGUGUCGAAUAACCUACGGAUAGAACACAUAGGUCUUCGCACAGCUCUGUGCACGCUUAUCUGUGCAAGCGUCACCGAUGAAGGGGCUGAUGUUUAUCUCGAAUUGGGCACUAUACAUUAUAUGGUAGAAAACAAAAAGGCGAGGUACGUCGUGAGCGCAUGGGAACCAGCGUUGGAAACGAUUUUCCGACACCACCCAUCCGCUAAGUUUGCGUACACGGGUCGUUUGGAUAUCAAUGAUUUCACUAAGGAUGGAUUCUACGUACAAAAACAUUUGGGGAAUAAGUUCCCUACCGUACAGACGCUUUUAAACCUUCACCCUCCACAUCGCGAUCCUGUUUUCUUCUGUAUGUUUCAACAGCCUUACGAAGUGUCCGGAUUGGAUAUCAGAUCGCAACAGUCGAAGCUGACGGUUUCACCAUCAAGUCGAAUACAUUUUCCCUUAAUGCUCGAUGAUUCAAAUCUCCGGAAUUAUUUGCUGCGUUUGCGAAUUUGGUUCGGCGAUCCCGCAAAAUCAUUGCAUUAUUUCGAAAUAGAAGAUGCACACUACGAAGUCAGAUAUCGAGACAAAUGCGAGGAAGUUUCAUCUUCCUUAAAGCAAAGAGCUCAGAUGCUGGGCGAGUUUGUGGCGCAACAAAUGAGCGGUUUGACUCAGGAACGUGACUGUUCCAUGCCAAGCGUCAACUUACAUUUGGCCGACCUGGUGAAAGCGCUUAAAUCGUGCGUGAUUGGUAUCGGGUACGUCCGAUGUGGAGGAAAACUGGAGCGAGCGCUGUUGUACAAAGUGUUGGCGGACCGAGCUGGUCUCCCGUGCUCUUUGCACCGUGCGUGCAGCGCGCAUACGUGGUGCGAAGUGGCGGUACCAGAAUUGGGUCCAAACGAAGAAUUUAAUGAGAAUGAGAACUACCCCGCAGGACUUCUAAGAGCGAACUAUGUGGUCGAUCUAAUGGAACAUCCAGGGAAGCUUUUACCACGCAAGUCGCCUGAGGCAAGACGCGUGUGCGGCGGAGAAUGUUCGCCGUACACUACGCGGGAAAAACACACUGAGUGCGAUUGUGGCAUUGGAAAACGGGAAAUGAAAUCAAAUAAGUACUAG